CUGCGUACUCCGGUCUGCGAACCGUCACUCCAAAACCUAAGUAUCUUCAAAAGUAGCAACCCACCCCGCCGAGAUGGAAUCUCAGAGAGAGUACGACAUCAUUCUCCUCGGCCCCACUGGUUACACAGGACGCUUCUGUGCCCAGCAUAUCGUCAAGCAUUUGCCGACCAACCUGAAAUGGGCAGUGGGAGGACGCUCUCAGUCCAAGCUUGAGCAGGCCGUCAAGGAAUUGACGGCUCUGAAUCCUGAUCGCAAAGAUCCUGAUACCAUUACUGUGCAGCUCAAUAAAGAAGAACUCGACCCGCUGGUACGCAGGACGAAGGUCAUCAUCUACUGCGUGGGUCCAUACUGUUUGUACUCGACGCCGGUGGUCGAAGCCUGCGCCAGCAAUGGAACACACUAUGUCGAUGCAACCGGAGAAACCCCCUGGGUGAAGACGAUUGUCGAGAAAUACCAUGAAACAGCCAAGUCGAACGGCGCCGUUAUCAUCCCCUCCGUCGGAAUCGAAAGCGCCCCAGCAGACAUGUUGGCCUGGGCUCUCGUCAAACGCAUCCGCGAGGACCUCGCCUGCGACACCAAGGAAGUCGUCUCCGCCAUCCACGAGAUGAAAUCCUCCGGCGCAAGCGGCGGCACCCUCAGCACGAUCCUCACCGUCUUCGACACCCUCUCCUUCUCCGACAUCGCCAAAUCCACCGACCCCUUCGCGCUGGCCGCCUCGCCACCCCCGGCCAACGUCCCCCGCGAGCCCCUCCUCGCCCAGCUCUCCGGCGUCCGGUACGUGCGCGACCUGGGGGCGCUGACGACCUCGCCGUCCGGCCUCGCGGACGUCAACAUCGUCCACCGCAGCAGCUCGCUGAUGCCGGAGUUCUACGGGCCGCGCUUCCACUUCCGCCAGUUCCUGCGCGUGCGGAACGCGCUCGUCGGGGUGUUCGUCCACUAUGCGUUUCUGGCCGUGAUCUCGCUGCUGAUCUUCGCGCCGGUCCGCGCCCUGGUCCGGAGGUACGUCUACCAGCCCGGCGCGGGCCCCACGGCCGAGGCGUCGGCGAACGACCAGCUCGAGUAUCGAGCGGUUGCGACGGCGGAUCAACCGGUGGCGCCGAAGCGUGCGUUCGGCAAGUUGCGGUACCAGGGGGGUUGUUAUGAGUUCACGGGGUUGAGUAUGGCGGAGGCGGCGAUGGUGAUUCUGGAGAAUGAGGAGAAGGUCAAGCGGGUCUCGCGGGGUGGGAUUGUGACAACGGCGGUGCUGGGACAGGAGUUGCUGGAUCGGUGGGAGAAGGUCGGGUGUCGGGUUGAGACGCAGGUGUUUGAGCAUUAACUUCGUUUCGUUACGAAUUUUCUCCUCUUAUUGUAUGAUCAUAGUUGUUAUAUCUGUAUGUUUUGGUAUUCUUUGUGAAUUGUAUG